UGAUAUGUGACGUACUGAUUUCUACAAUCGUACUUAAUCGACCGCCCGCUGUUGUCUUUACAGAGGAUGACGCGUGUAUCUCUAGUUUUGUUAACUUUUAUCAUCCAUUACGGUAAAUAACAGAAUGUUUUAGACUCAAAAGGCAACUGUAGAUAUUUCAUUUGCCGAUUUAAAAUAGGGCGCGAGACCAGAGUUUAGGAAAGUUGGGGGACACAUACAUGCUUUCGAUUAUUGUUUGUCCAUUGAAAAUACAGCUUCAAAUCAAUGAAGUAAAAAAAAAAUCAGUCGGCUUUCUUAACGGGAUAAAUAUCUAACGUUACACGGCGUUCAAGUCUUUGAAGGAAUGAAACGCAAAUGUCUAGAGAGCAAAACUGAAAACUGUAUCAUUUGACUAGAAGUUCGGAUCCUCUUUGACCUGCUCACAGCCAUGGUGACUCACAUAUCUUAGCGGCUUUCUGAAUAAGCGCAUUGUGCAAUGGGGACUCAGAGAAACGGGUUCUGCAAACGAGAGAGUUUCAUUCUCUCUGUUGAUGUGGGAACAACUUCCAUAAGGUGCCAUGUGUACGAUAAGAGUGCCAACAUCAGGGGGUCCUGCUCCUCGAAGGUGUCCCUUCUGUAUCCUCAGCCUGGAUGGGUCGAGAUUGACCCUGAGGAACUGUGGAAAGGGUUUAUCACUGUAGUCAAAGGAGCGGUUCAAGACUCAGGUUUACAGAUGUGCCAAAUGGAAGGUCUUGGCAUCUCAACCCAGAGGGCAACAUUCAUGACCUGGGACAGAAACACAGGAAAACCAUUUCAUAAUUUCAUCACCUGGCAGGACUUGAGGGCAGUCGAGUUGGCGAGAUCCUGGAACGGGUCCUGCACUAUGAAGACUGUACAUGGGGUGAUGAAGAUGUUGCACUUCCUCACCAGACAGAAGCGGUUCCUUGCAGCCAGUUUGGUAGUUUUUACUACCCAACAUGUGUCACUACGUCUUGUCUGGGCCUUGAACAAUAUCCCUCAGUUGCGGGAGGCAGUCGAAGACGGGUCCUGUUAUUUUGGGACCAUAGACACCUGGCUGCUGUACAAACUCACUAAAGGCCUGGUUCAUGCUACAGAUUACUCUAACGCCAGUGCAACAGCAAUAUUUGAUUCCUAUCAGGCCUGGUUCUUUCUUGACUUCCACUAUCAUCACUCCUUUUAUCCUUCUGGAGCUCCUCCGUGUUACUCGAGACCUCGCUCCGUUCCCACGGCUCUUGGCCCUGCCCUGCUUGCCACAAUGUGCUGGAGUGGAUUUAUUUGCUCACUUCUCUCUAUACCUCUCUCCAUCCUUCCCAGGGUGCAGAACACAAGUCAUAAUUUUGGAUCAUGUGAUCCAUCCAUAUUCGGGGUACCCAUCCCAAUCAUGUCUGUUAUGGCGGAUCAACAAGCGGCCAUGUUUGGAGAAUGCUGUUUUGACACUGGAGAUGUGAAAAUUACUAUGGGCACAGGGACCUUCAUGGACAUCAAUACAGGAAACAAACCACACACGUCUGUAGCCGGCCUUUAUCCGCUGGUGGGCUGGAAGAUCGGUGCUGAUAUUGUGUAUCUGGCUGAAGGCAGUGCUGCUGGAACAGGUUCUGCGAUAAAAUGGGCACAGGAUCUAGAGCUCUUUUCUGAUGUGAAAGAGACAGAAACCAUAGCUAAUAGCGUGGAAGACUCAGACGGCGUGUAUUUUGUGCCUUCUUUCAGUGGCUUACAGGCCCCUCUGAAUGAUCCUAAAGCUUGUGCCUCUUUCAUGGGCUUAAAACCUUCCACAACCAAGAGACACCUGGUCCGAGCCAUUCUGGAGUCUAUAGCGUUCAGGAACAAGCAGCUCUUUGAUGUCAUGCUUAGGGAAACGCGUAUUCCCAUUACUAAAAUCAGGGCAGAUGGAGGUGUAUGCACAAAUGAUUUCAUCAUGCAGCUGACUGCUGAUCUGUUGGGCCGCAAGAUAGCACGUCCAAGUCACUUUGAAAUGUCCUGUCUUGGAGCUGCUUUUGUAGCGGGACUAGGAACAGGCUACUGGAGAAGCCAAGAGGAUCUGAAGAAGCUUUUGACCACUGACCAACAUUUCCUUCCCAGAAGGAGUAAAGCAGAAGGGGACAAGGGAGGCCAAUACAGAGCUGUCCUGCAGAGCUGGGAGAGAGCUCUUCAGCGAUCCAUGCACUGGUACAGCCAGCCCUGAUUUACCACAAGUUUAUUCUGUAAACAGGUGUGGGGUGAUUCUCUUUCUCACUGAGAAAAACACUUGAACAGUAUGAUUUCCUAUCUGCAUUUGGAAACUUGCAGAUCAAUGGUUUAUGAGUAUAGUUUAUGUGUCUUGCCUAAAUCACAAGGAGUUUUACAGAUAUAUAACUUGUUUGUGCAAAUCUUAGUCACUCAGUUGUGAAUCCAGUAGUGUUAUGAUGAUGAUGAGGUGUCAGGCUGCUGCACAAUUCCUACUUUAGAAUAAGACAGAUGUAUAAUUAUGAUUUUGCUAAUCAAUACUUCAGCCAUCAGGCACUGAAAAUCAAUCAGUGCCUUUAUCCGACUACUGUUUUUUUUUAAAUAAAAAUGAACAAAUUAAUUUAUUUAACUGUGCCUUAAUGAGGAGCUUUGGUAUGAGAGAUCCUCAGUGAGGUAACCUAGUUACUCGUCUCCUAAAUUAUGACAUCUCACCCUGAGAGGAGUAUUUUAAUUAUAAGUAUGUUGUUUACGUAGACGGGAUGGGAUUAAGUGAAACUUACUGUUCUUUCUCACCUUUAUUACCACACAUUGUUCAUCCAUUAAUAGUGUAUUGCAAUGAAUACAACCAUUAAUUGGUGAUAUUGUCAUUUUCAUGUAAUUUUAGUUGAUAUUUUCUAAUUGCACAUAUAGUCCUGAUGUUAUAUAGGUUAUUUUUUAUAUUAAAUGUACCUCUUAAUACAAAGACAAUGCUGCAAACAUGGAAAACUUGUUACCUGAAGUGCUAUAUUUCCUAAUGGUUUUUUUUUUUUUUUUCCUGACUUUUUUUUUUUUUUUUUUUUUUUUUUUUAGCAUCCAACCUGCUAUUACUUGUUUUUAUACAAACUAUAGCAGUGUCGCAGUUUCCACUUGAUACUAUCAUCUGUGGCUAAUGAUAUAAUACAUUCAACUGUAGUAAAUAAGUAACUGUGAAACUGUAAUAUCAUAGGCUGAUAAUCAGGGUUUCAAAGAAAGAAUAGACUAUGAUAUUUGAAAAAUGUAUUUUAUGAAUAGACUUUCAAAGAACUCUAACAUUGUGCCAUGUUUUAUGUCAGUAUGUGAAAUUAUUUUUUUUAAUAAAUUUUCAAUAUGCCAUUUUAAUGUCAGAUUGUGUGCAAAUAAAUUGUGUCCUGCAAAUAAA